GGACGACUCUGAUCCAUUAUUCAUAUCCAAUGGCUCAUCUUCUUUGUGUCGUUUGGCUUCCCUCUUUGUUUCUAAAACACCCAUUAUUAUUUCCUUAAAGAUCCCUCUUUUAACCUUCGCUAAUUCUCCUUGUCCCUCCCUCGUCUGCAUCUUCAUUUACAGAGUUUGGGGAGACAGCAGCAUAUUCAAGAGAAGAGCUGUUAUCUUGUAAGGUGUUGUGAGAUCAUAUUGGGGUGAAGGAGCUGGUGUUUCUGUGGAAAAUGGAUUGGUCAGAAAAUAAUUGGUGCAUAAAAUGUGAUAAAGGUGGGAAUGUGCUGCUUUGCAGUGAAAACGGUUGUCCUUUAGCUGUUCAUGAAGGAUGUUUGGGGUGUCCAGCUAGAACAGAUGAUGCAGGCCGCUUCUAUUGCCCCUAUUGUUUGUACAAGCAAGCUGUUGCUGAGUCGCGUAAAGCAAGAGAAUAUGCUUUGUUAAGGAAGAAAGCUUUGUUGAUCUUUAUGGACGGCAGUGAAAAAGAUACAGGAGAAAAUAAAGCAUGUGAAGACAAUGGGCAUGAUCAAUCAAAAACUAGUGGCUAUGUAAAUGAUGCAUCAUGUGACGGUGGUAAAAGUAAGUCUAACAAUGAUGGAAUUAUCGAUCAACCUUUUCCACUUGGUGAAGAAGAAAAGAUCUGCAUUGCAGAAAAAGAUUAUGAUACUACUGCUGGCUCCAAAGGUGAGGAUCAUUCACUUAUGAUGAAUGUGGAGAAUGGUAAUAGAACUGUGGAAGAAAAACAGACUCAGAAAGAUGAAUGUGAACCUUCUGUAGAAGAAAAAAAUGUUCAGGAAGAGGAGCGUGAAGCUUCUGUUGAAGAAGUAAAUGUUGAGGAAGAGGAACAUGAAGCUUCUGUAGAAGAAGAAAAAAUUCAGGAAGAGGAUUGUGAAACUUCGUCUGAUUCCACCAACCAAGACCCCUCACUUACUGUACCUGCAAGACCUAAGAGAGGAUCAAAAAGGAGCAAGCCUGUGGACAAAGAGUCCGAAGCUGUUCCAGUGCAAAGUAAACUUCUCAAACAGCAUGAUAAGAAGCAGGCAUCUCCAGCUGUGACUCCUACCAGGAGAUCUGCUAGACGAUCAUCUUUGGCCACGGAAACUGGAAAAGUAGUAAAAGAAAAAUUCCCUUCUCCUAGGUCGGUGAGAAAACCUGAUAAGCCAUCAGAAAAACCAUUUAGCAAGGCGAAACGUAGGAGACUAAUGUGGACGGCGGAAGAAGAAGAAGCACUCACUGCUGCAGUGAAUAGAUAUUCGAACGAAGCAAAAAUCCCUUGGAGCAAAAUCUUGGAAGAAAGCAAAAGCUUCGAUGUAACUCGGACUCCAGCUGAUCUUAAGGAUAAAUGGAAGAACAAAAUGUCGUGGAAGUAAGAGAGGCCGAAGAAUUUCUGUAGUUUGGCAACUUGGAGGAUGGUGAUGAAGGUGUAUAUAUGGGCAGAAAGCAUCUCAACAAUCUCAAAACUCUUUUUUGUAUCGCUUUAUUAGUCAGUGUUUUGAUAUUUUGACUAAUUUUCGCCAUUUGCCGAGUAACCUUGGCAUUAGUUGCGUGUAAACUAUCUCUGUAGGUCUUAACUCAGCAGUUGCAGUAAUCAUUUUGGUUAUGUAGUAUUAGCAAGCAUAUGGUUGUCAAAUUAUUAUGUAUAUUCUUUUGCUUCUUGAUUAGUGCUGAAAGACAACGAAAACGUACUUAA